CGGUUGUAGAGCUUCGGAUGGCCUCGUAGAAAGAAGAAAGCGUCAGACGGACCGCUCGAUGACGGGCCAUCGGUCAGCAUCUGCUCCAGAACAAGAACACACACAUUCACUUUCAGUCCCAAUCUCGCUCGGUAGACCUUCUUUACGCCUCAGACUUGAAGCAUAUUAUGCAUUGAUUUCGCCCGACCAAAUAUCUAACAACGCUUCUUGGAAAGAACGCUUUAACCAAAUUUGGAGAAAAUUCGGAGGAUCUGUGGAAGGCGAACGGAAUCUUGCUACUAAGUUGUCCAAAAAGUAUGGCACCGCUAUCCGAUUACAAACCGUAGACUUGACACGAACAACUGCCGCGGAUACGGGGACGUCGAAGUCGGCGUGGAAAAGGAAGGAAGCCUAUUACGAUCCAAAGCAAUCGCAACAAAAGAGUGGAGUUUUGGACUUUGGCUCGCAGAGAUUUGAUCCCAAUGCAACCCUAGCAGCGCCUUUAUCACAUGUUGAGCGCGAUAAUGUGUUUGUCGUGUCUUGUCCUUUGCUUGACCGUGUCGAACUUUGUAAAGGGCUCCUUCCUUGCUCAGAUCCUCUAUAUCAACGAUCAAAAAAGAGAGAACGAUCGGGCAUCUCUGUGCAAGUAAAAAAUGAUGAAUCGACGAAGAAGGUUAAACCUCCCUCCUGUUUCGCAGAGAUAGCCCAGGAUCUCCAAGAAGGUCCAUUUGCACUGAUGUAUAACACCUUUGUCCACAAGCAGCGCGUUCGCGUUGUUCUUCGGUACGUGAACGGUAUACGAGGCAUAGUUACGGGCUAUUUGGUGGCGUUUGACAAGCAUUUCAACCUGAUCCUUCGAGAUGUCGAAGAAGUCUAUUCGAAGCGAGCUGAACGAGGAUUUGAGCAGUCCAAUGCUGAAAUGGAGUUGCGUCGUCGACGAACAAAUCUUUACCGAGCAACGGAUCAUCUCGAUUGGUGUAGUAGGCGUCGCUGUAUGCGUCAAAUUAUGGUUCGGGGGGAUAACGUCGUCAUUGUUUACCGUGCAAAAGAUGAGCGCUCUGCCUUGCACGAAAAUUCAAGCCUUUUCCAAGGUGACCAACACGUCAGUGCGAAUGAUGCGCCUCAGUAA